AUGGCCAAAAAAGGAAACAAGCACAGAAAAAAGAACCUCGUUCGAGUGGCAAAGCCUGUUGCUGAAGUAGUUUGUGAGACUCUUGAGUGCCCUGCUGCCGAGAACUGGGAGACUACCCCUCCCUGUGACGAGACUGGGGAUGCGGAGCCUAUCGCUGAAACAGUCUAUGACGCCGUUGCGUGUCCUGCUGCCGAGAACUGGGAGACUACCCCUCCCUGUGACGAGACUGGGGGUGCGGAGCCUGUCUCUGAAACUGUCGGUAAGCAUGCUGUAACCGCAGGUUAUGACAGUUAUAACGUGUCAACUCCGGGUAUCCAUGAAUAUGACCAACCUGAGACCAGGGACAUAGCUGGUCAAAUUCUAUCUCUUCAAGAUCAUUGGGACAAGAACGAUAGUCGGAUAGCGAGGUUUCCUGAGGUUGAUGACGACAUUGGGCAUACCUUCAUCCAUUACCUAUAUACAGGUGAUUACCAAACCUUGAAGCCAGCGUCAACGAGCAAUAUGCCUUGGCGCGCAAUCGAAUACAGACGAAGUGUCCUUGCAUAUUCUGCUGGUACACGUUGUGGUGUUGAUGGACUAGUCCAUCAUGGAAGAAAAUACAUGCAGAUAUUUGAUAAGGAUGUUUCCCUGUUUGACAUGAUAGAUCUGGGACGCGAAUGUUUUCCAAGAAUUGAUGAGGACCGGUGGUAUUCCGAGUACCUCACCAACAGAAUUAUGACUAGCUUCGAGUCUGAAGAGGGGAUUUUUCAGCAAGAGGAGUUCUAUUAA